AUGCUUCUGGCUCGAUCAAUACUUCAUGCUGAACGGCUCUGCUGCUCUAGAAGCCUCUGUUACGCACAGAGUCAAUUUCCAUCAAGCUCAUCGUGUAGAACCAUUCACAGCACCUUAAGAGUGAGCGAGAAAGAACAUGUUCAGAAGCCACAAGAUCAGAAAUGGAAAUUUUUUCGUAUGACAAUGUCGGAAGAGCAGAAAGCUGCGAAAACUGCAAAAAUUGAGCAGAUGAGAGCAGAAGAAGCACCACAAGGCAUUUUCGCAAAAGUGAAGUACUAUUUCAAAAGAUACUGGUACAUAGCCGUACCAGCACAUGCCGCUUCGUGUACCGCCUGGUUCAUUGCAUUGUAUUUGGUGGUGAAGAGUGGAGUAGAUGUGAUUGCUCUUCUCGAAUGGAUGCAUAUGCCAGAUGCGAUUCUUGAAAAAGUCAAAAAUACACCCGAAUCUGCUGGUGUCGUUGUAGUUUCGCUCAUUUUAUACAAGAUUGCGAUGCCAUUCCGUUACAUUACUACGCUUCUUCUUAUUCAAGCUACAUUUUGGACUCUUCGAAGAAUGGGAAAACUGAAGACAGCGAGAGAAGUCGAGUACAAGGUCCGACAUGAAUACGAGCUCAACAAAGCGUUGCACGGAAGGAAAUGGUACCGUUAUCGUCAUCUGGGAGUUCGCAGUGUGAGCCGGAAAAAUAGCGUACACGCGACCACUGCUCAUUUGGGACAAGUACAACGAUUACAAAAAGAACAUGACAAACUCAAUGAACCAAAGAAAUCUGAUUAA